AUGCAGAACAACAAGAACAACCUUCUUCAGUAUGUUGACUUUGCAAAGAAUAUCCGCAAAGGUGAUUGGAACGCUGCUAAGGAUUUCCUUAGGUUAUAUCCAGAGGCAGUCAGUAAACAAAUUUCAUAUUCUGGAAAUGCAGCUCUACACAUUGCAAUCCUUGGUGGACAUACCAAUAUUGUGGAAGAGUUGGUGAAGCAAAUGUCGGAAGAGAAUUUGGAGAUAAAAGACAACGAUGAUAUGGCUUUGAAGUUGCUCGAACAUUACCCUAGCUUGGCAACUUCUCUAGAUAUGAGGGGGGAAUCCCCUGUGUUGGCAUUAGCUUGCAUGUCUUUUGCAUAUCCUAGUGGAAAUCAGCUAAUAUUUUGGAAACAAUGGAUCUACCACCGGAUCAAACAAAUUUAUGAAUUGAAGUUGCUUCAUUACCAAUCUGCUCAACUUCUAAGCCGAGUGUGCUAUGAGCUACCGGGUUUAAGUGAUCAACAAUUGUCAGAUGCUCGUGUUCUUGAUGCUGUACUCAAAGCUAUCCAGAAAGGGUUAAUUGAGUUUGUUAUUGCUGUACUGAGCACAAAAAAUGAACUUGUGUGGAGCAAAACAGAGGAAACAUCAAGAAACACAUUUAUGUGGGCUGUUCAACAUCGUCAGCUUAAAAUAUUUUGCCUCAUAUACCGAUGUCAUAUAAAGAACGCAAUAUUGCCUUCAGUAGAUAUCAAGAACAAUAACAUAUUACAUGUGGCAGCGAUUUUAGAUUCUUCCUCUGGACUACGUACCGUUCCAGGUGCAGCUCUACAGAUGCAAAGAGAUCUACAAUGGUAUAAGGAAGUGGAGAGUGUUGUCCAUCCUUUUUUAUUAGAAUCUACAAACAAAGAUGGACUAACACCUCGAGAAUUGUUCACGGAGACCCACAAAGAGUUGGUUGAUAAGGGAGAAAAAUGGAUGAAAGAGACAGCAACUUCUUGUACAGUGGUUGGUGCUCUAAUUAUUACCAUUAUGUUUGCAGCAGCAAUUACCAUUCCUGGUGGUAAUGAUUCAAAUACAGGCUUGCCAUUGUUCUUAAAUAGCAAGGUGUUUACGCUCUUUAUAAUACGUGAUGCACUAUCUCUCCUUUCUUCCUCAACUUCAAUAUUGAUGUUUCUUGGCAUCCUCACAUCAAGUAAUGCAGAAGAAGAUUUUCUUGAAUCCUUACCCAGAAAGAUGAUUAUAGGUCUUUCUACCCUUAUCUUCUCUAUAGCAACCAUUAUGAUAACUUUCUGUGCCUGUCUUUUCAUCAUUCUACAUGGAAAAUCAUGGAUGGUCAUUCCUGUCAUUUGCCUUGCUGGUGUUCCAAUCGCCCUAUUUACAUUAACGCAAUUUCGCCUUCUUAUUGACAUGUUCAACUCAACUUAUGGAUCUGGAAUCUUUGACUAG